AUGGCUUCUGAAGCAGCCGCCGACCGGGUAGCAGAAGUCGCGGGAGUCUGGAAGCACGCUCAGAAGAUUUUCAAGGCUAUCCAAAAGGAGGCCAAUAAUCUCAAGCGCGGCCCGCCGAGUGAGAUUAGCGACGCAAAAUGGAAGUCCUUGGAGGAUGCCAUGAGCCAGUAUCGCCUUGCUUGCGUUGGUAUUUUGUUCCAAGAUCUGGAAUUCGCGCAGCAGAACCAGGUGGAAAAGGCUCUCUGGACCAGCCACAUCCUCAUCAACAACAUCUACCGUAAUGUCAGCAAACGUCUCCCCUCUGAUCAAAAGGUCAAGAUUCGGAGUGUCGAGAGCCGCUACACCAGAUUCAUCACCACGUCUCAGCUCUUUUACAAGGGCUACAUUCAACGAUUCUAUCUCGUCCAUCACCCCGAAACCCAGGCCAUGAUCAUGCUUUCUGUUCAGGAGACAUUGACCUACCUCGGCGACCUAUCGAGGUAUCGCGCCCAGCUAAAGCCCAACAGCCGCGACAACGAGGCCGCCAUCACGUAUUACAGCCUUGCCCAUGAUGUAGUUCCGGAUCGAGGUUUCGCUCUCCAUCAAAUCGGCGUCACCUACCUAGAGACCGACAAGCACCUUGAAGUAGUCUAUUACUUCUUCAUGUCUCUAGCUCGCCAGACACCCCACCCCAACGCGGAAAAGAACCUGGAGGCCAAGCUCAAGACUAUCCAAGCCGGAAAAUCAGCCAUUUCAGGAUCACAAUCUACGCAGCAAAUCCUGGAGGGGCGUGUCGUGCAGCUUCUAGCUAAAUACAUGACUAACACGUCCUUUCCUGGGCGCGAUGAGCUAGAGCAGACUGUCCUGGCUCGGCUUGAGCAGUUCUUGCACUCUGAACAUUCCUCUGAUUCCGUUGUCAGGAUGGCCAUGGUCAACAUGAGCGCGUACUACUACGCGCAGAAGCAUCAAGCCCAAUCACUCGCCUCCGCCUACACCUUGUCUUUCAACAUGCAGUUCCUUCAAGCCAUAUCCCGGCUUAUGCAGGGCUACCUUCGGGAAGCCCAAGGAGUGAUGCCUGGCGAGAUGGAGGCAUCGGCCUCUCGCCUUAGCCAGCUCCACGCAAUGUCUCCCGGCGUUGAUACCGCGAUCCGUGUGCUUCGCCUGUACUGUUGCUGGCUCUCAUCUCGUAAUGAAGACCUAGCGCAGGCCCCUGAAGCGAUUCAAUUCAUCGUCCAAUCUGCCUGGAAGGACUUUGCACAAAUGGCAACCUCUCUCAUAACCUACUCAGUUCCCGACAUGGAAGAGUUUUGCAAAAGCACCAGCUACCUUUCCCCCACUGCACCCUACCUCAUGAAAGAGGACGAGGAGGCAGUCUGCUGUUUAUCGAUCGGAGAUCUGAGCUCCGAUAUAUACGCGCGCCUCUUCCAUCGAGCUAGCACCAAGGCUCGGAAGCCCACAAUGCUUGAGUCUGGUAUUGAGGGCGCCCAACCUCUGGAAGAAUUCAUCUGCCGACUUGGGGACGUCAUCGAGUCCAUCGGGCGCUUUUCAGGUAACCCGGCCGUCCCUCUCUACAUCCAAACAAGAAGUGAUGGUAGCUGGUCCCUCGCGUAUGGCUACGAAGCUACUGCCGAAUCUGCGCCUCAGACCUCUGUGGAAACCGGCAAGGCCGAGGAGCCUUUGCCUUCGCCGGCACCGGCAUACGAGGAAGUUGUUGACGUUGCUCCCACCACGGUCGAGGCGAACCGCACCCCACUUUCGCAGCAGGUCCAGCAGCAGAUGGCGGCAAUGCAAAGCCUUGACGCGCAGAGCAGCGGUAGACCUCGGUCGAGCCGAGGAAACGGCGGGCGUGGCUCGCGGAACCAUGCGGACGGUGGCGGCCGCGAUGGGUCAUAUGGUUCUGACCUGAGGAAGAAGACCGUGAACCGCAUGCAACGUGGGAUGAACGGACCUUGA